UGGAAACUCCGGCUGCAGGGCGUAGGGUCGAGCUCCAAGUUCACGCUCAAGAGUGCGCGCGCGCGCGCACCUGGUGGUGCACUCGGGCUUCAAGGUGCCCCAUUGACUACGUCUGUUUAAGUCAAAUGCGGAGUUAAGGGGGGCUUGAGGAAAUAGUGGCAAGCCCAGAAAAGGCACGGCACGUCCAAUUCUCCAAGUUUUUGUAAAAGAAGAGCGGGAAAGCGCCACCACCCCGACUCUUAAGCCGAGGAAUCGGCGUCUCCCGGCCCCACCCCCGCAGCAGUGAUGCAAAGAGGACAAAUCACCGACGUAAAGCGGAGGGAAAAAAAAAAGAAGAAAGAAACCCCCGGGAGCUGGGAGGGGAGAGGGGAGAGAACAGGGCGCGGAGCAGUCUCCAAUCACUGGCACAAGAGGGAGCGCCUUUUGGGGAAACGAACCCCGCAUAAAUAAUUGAGUUUGGAGCCCAGUGCUGUCAGACGCUCGAAGUGCACCUUCUCAGCGCCUUCCGAGUUGAGGAAAAACGGCAGAGGAAGGGGCCGGCGACGACGGGACCGAGAGCAGCUCAGCGGGCGGUGGGACGCUGUGCCCGCAGACGUUCGCAAGAGGGACAGCAGAGCCCAGCGAGCCCCGAGGGCAAGGACCCCUCUCCAGCGGAGGCGGAAAGACAGCUGGCCUCCGCGGAGGCCGAGGAGGCGCCGCAUGGGUAGCAUGCGUGUCUCCGGAGGUCCCGCCGCGGUGUCCGCGGACAACUCCAGCGAGUGGUGGCCUCUGUCCGCGGGUGGUGCCAACCGUAGCGGAGAAGCGGAGGCGCCUGGGGGAGGCCUCAGCCCUCCCGGGGACGUGCGCGACGAGGAGCUGGCCAAGGCGGAGAUCGCCGUGCUGGCUGUGACUUUCGUGGUGGCAGUGCUGGGUAACAGCAGUGUGUUGGUCGCGCUGCACCGCACGCCCCGCAAGACGUCCCGAAUGCACCUCUUCAUCCGUCACCUCAGUCUAGCCGACCUAGCCGUCGCUUUCUUCCAGGUGCUGCCGCAGAUGUGCUGGGAUAUCACCUACCGCUUCCGCGGACCCGACGCCCUGUGCCGCGUGGUGAAGCAUCUGCAGGUGUUCGGCAUGUUCGUAUCGCCCUACAUGCUGGUGGUUAUGACUGCCGACCGCUACAUCGCUGUGUGCCACCCGCUGAAAACGCUGCAACAGCCAACGCGCCGCUCGCGCCUCAUGAUCGCCGCUGCCUGGGUGCUGAGCUUCGUGCUUAGCACGCCACAGUACUUCGUCUUCUCCAUGGUCGAGGUGGACAACGUCACCAAGGCCAUUGACUGCUGGGCCACCUUCAUCCAACCCUGGGGUCCCCGCGCCUAUGUGACUUGGAUGACAGGUGGCAUCUUCGUGGCGCCCGUGGUCAUCCUGGGCACCUGCUAUGGCUUCAUCUGCUACCACAUCUGGCGCAAUGUCCGCGGAAAGACGGCUUUGCGCCCGGGAAAGGGCGCGGAGGGCGCCAGUGGCGCCCUCCAUAAAGGGUUCCUACUCGCGCCCUGUAUCAGCAGCGUGAAAACCAUUUCCCGCGCGAAGAUCCGCACCGUGAAGAUGACUUUUGUGAUCGUGACAGUUUACAUCGUUUGCUGGGCCCCCUUCUUCAUCCUCCAGAUGUGGUCUGUCUGGGAUGACAAACUUGUCUGGGUCGAAUCGGAAAACCCAGCCGUCACCAUCACGGCGUUACUAGCUUCCCUGAAUAGUUGCUGCAAUCCUUGGAUCUACAUGUUUUUCAGUGGCCAUCUCUUGCAAGACUGCAUCCAGAGUUUCCCAUGCUGCCAAAGCAUGAAGCAAACAUUGAACAAAGAAGAUUCUGACAGUGUGAGCAGAAGACAGACUUCUUACACAAACAACCGAAGCCCGACCAACAGUAUGGUUACAUGGAAGGACUCGCCCAAGUUUUCCAAGUCCGUCAAAUUCAUUCCUGUUUCUACCUGAGCCCACGUUCAUGCAGCCUGACUCUUAUAAUAGACUUUUGAGUCCACUGGCUAAAUCCAGCUAGAAAUCAGGAGAACAAGUGAACUUACAAGUGAUAAGCGUAAACUGGUUUGUUGAGGACAAGACUGUGUUUCUAGUUGCAUUUUCACAUUGCUAUGACCAAAAGUUAUGAAUUGUUUUAUACAGGAUGUUCAUUAAAAAGAAAAAAAAAACCCAUGCUACACUAAAAUUUUCAGGUCUAAUUCCCAGAAUAAGAAGAGAAGUUAUAUUUCUAAAGCAAAAAUCGUAACCACUCUGAUUUACAUUCUGUUGUGGGUUUCCUUUCUUUUCUUUAUGUAGGGACAUUGUUUCUGAACAAAGUGAACUCAUCAUCAGUCUUAUAAAAUGAAAGUUAUAUAAAAUGAAAGGAAUUAGAAGAAACUUAAGAGAAAUUGUUUCCAUCUAAUAAAACUCAGUUUCUGAAUGUGAAAAUGCAGCCUCCCACGGUGCCCUGGAGAUGGGAACGUACCUUGAAAAAGGCAUGAGGGUUUGGGGCAUAUGGAGCUGCGGAUGCCUGGUUCACAGCAGAAAGUUAAAUGCUGUAAAUCACCUAUAUUUCAAAAUGUAACUUUUGUACUGGCAGUUCCUUCCUUGUUUUAGGCUCCUCAUGUUUUACCGGUUGCAGAAAGCACAAUUAUUAAGAUGCUGAAGGUUAAAGAAAAUAUUGUCAAAUGGCCAGUAAAAUCUUUUUUCUCCCACUAGUCAGAUUUGUAUAAGAAAUAUCCGAUUUUGUUAGAAGAGUAAAAAUGGAUUAUCCAAGGUACUAUGUAGACUUUUUCUAGAACAUUGUAGAUCUGUCUCGACCAGUUUUAUAAGGUAUCCUGUGUUAAGUGGGUUCAUGUGUGGGGUGUCCAGAUUAUUACUUCAUGUUUGGGGUGUUCAGAUUUGUAAAUAAGAGAAUCUUCUAAAGAGUGACUCAAGAUUGGGGCACCUGGGUAGCUCAGUUGGUUAAGCGUCUGACUCUUAGUUUCUGCUGGGAUCAUGAUCUUGGGGGUCCUGAGAGCGAGCCCUGCGUGGGGUGCCACACCCAAUGCAGAGUAUGCUUGUCCCUCUCCCUCUACUCCCCUCCAUCCACGCUCUUUUUUAAAAAGAGAAAGAGUGACAGGAUACGGAAAGUACCCUCAUGCUUAAUUAAAAAUAAUUUGGUCGUUCCUUCUAAUCUCUCACCCAUCUAACAGUUAUAUAGCAGAGGAGAAGCAUGGUUGGGUGGAUGGGGGUGGGAGAUUGGGGGGAGAAAUCUUCUCUGUGCCUAGUAUGGUUUCCUUUGCUAUGAAAUGCAUGACUUUGGCAAAUUACUUAAAGACACUUAAAGCCUUCAUUUCCUUGGCUGUGCAGUGAGGUUGAUAACACCUCACAGGGUUGUUGUAAGAACCAAAUGAAAUCAAGGGCAUGAAAAGAUCUUCACAAAUGAGUGUUCUGUGAAUGCACCAGCUGCUUUUAUCCUAGUCGUAGGGUCUUCAGAAUCACACAGCGUUUUCCUGUUUACUUUCCAUUAACCAGAAUUUGUUGGUUUCAUGUCUGGGAUAUAAAAUCUUAAAAUUUAUAUAUAGCUUUGCUGAUUCAUUGGAAAACAUUGCCAGCGGCCACAAAGCCUGGCUCCUGCCUAACCAAAGUUUUACGAUUUAAAGAUAGAACUUGCUUUCCUUUAAAUACAGGUAAAUCAGAGCCAGCCGAGAGCAUCAGUUUCUUUUAUUUCUAAAAAGAGAUGAAUUGCCGCCCCACUUGACUAUUCUGACUGAAUGUUUUGUUAAUGGAACCCAGUGGUUUUUUCCCUGAGCUUUUUUUCUCUGGCUCCUUCUCCUUCUUAGAGAUCAUGCAACGAUUUGAGGAUACAUCAUAAAUGUUUUGCAUCCCUUAGAGGAUGCAAAAAAUAGUUAUUAUUAUUUUUUUUGGAAGCAAUAGUUAUUUUAACAGCAUUAUUGUGGGGAUUUUUUUUUUUUUAACUUUGUAGAUAAGAACCUGAGGACUGGAUGGCAUUGUGAGAACCUGAAAACUUUUAUUUCACUCCUCCGCUCUUUUGGCUUUCUAAAUUUCUCAGGCUCGCUACUCCCUCAAUGGUCAUGCCUAAAAAAAGUUCACAAAUGUUAUAUAGAAAUUAAGUCUGUAGGUUUUAGAAUUCUGCUUUUUUAAAAACAGCAAAUAUGUCUCUUAAAGGGCACCAUAUGGCAAAAUAUGAGCCACCAAUUAAAUAAAUCGGUUCUUCAUUAUUUGGGUCAUAGCAGCAUCUCAGUAAUCUUGCCCUAUGUGACUCUGUCAACCCUUGUGACUUCUGUUCAACAGUUCAAAACUAAAGCCUUUUCGGUUGGUAUAAAGACGAGCCCAUUCAGUUCCGAAAUAAUAACCUCAUGGGUUUUGUGUUUUUUUUUUUUUAAUAGAUUGACGCAUACCUCCAGGUAAAACAAUUCCAUUUGAAUCUUAUUUCUAGGAACCUCUCUCAAAUAAAGUGUGUAUCGACCUACCCAGCUGUGUUCCUUUUAAAUGCACGGGAAGACAAGAUAACGCUAAAGAGUAGGGGGAAACACCAGAAGAUCCAAGUGCUGGUUCUACACUAGGCAAGGAAACAGUUUUAUUCUCUGUGAUUUAGGCUGAGAAGAUUAACUUAGCUCAUUGCUAAAUGUCCUUGAUGUUAUGUAGGGAAAUGGGAUUCAUAUCCCCAGAACCAUAUUCCGAUUGGAAGAGUCCUGCUUAUUUCAGAAGAAUGGGAAUUGCAGGUGGUAAAGCAGAAGAGUGUGCUGGGAAGGAUAGAUUCCCCUUUCUUGACAGAGAAGACCUGGAUACUAUGCCCAGUGAAGGCUUGGAAUCAAGGAUAAAUGUGUUAAAUCACCUUGUGUUAUUUUGCAGAGUUAUUUGUGAGAACACCCUGAAAAUAUACAAUAUUACUGUAGCUGCAUGGGUAUGGGGAAUGUAAUUGAUCAACAGUCCUCCAGGUAGGGAGAAACUGGUGGUGUCGGCUGUUGGGCAUUUGAUAAACACUCAUUGUUGAUGAAAAAGGAAUAUUUUAAAGUAUGUAUUAAGUAAUUAGUGGGUUAAACUGGGACCGUAUUUUUAUUUAUUUUAUUUUUUUAAAAGAUUUUUGUUUAUUUGGCAGACAGAGAUUACAAGUAG